UGCGCUAUAAAAGACUCCCGGCCAUGAACAGAGCUGCACAGCGAUCUGGGGCUCUCCGGGGAAUCCUCUUGCUCUGGCUGUGACCAUGGGAAAGAGAGUGGCCGUGGUGCUGGCUGGUUGUGGGGUGUACGACGGGAGCGAGAUCCACGAGUCUUCGGCUGUGCUGGUGCAUCUCAGCAGGGAGGGGGCACAGGCAGAGGUUUAUGCUCCCAAUGUUGACCAGAUGCACGUGGUGGACCACGUGAAAGGACAACCAACCCCGGAGAAGCGCAAUGUGCUAGUCGAAAGUGCCAGAAUAGCCCGAGGCAACAUCAAGGACCUGGCUAAGCUGGAUGUCAAAGGGCUGGAUGCCCUGAUCAUCCCAGGUGGCUUUGGAGUGGCUAAAAACCUGAGUACUUGGGCCACUCAAGGCAAGAACUGCACCAUCUCCAAAGAGGUGGAGGACGUCCUGAAGGCAUUCCACGCUGCCAAAAAGCCCAUUGGGCUCUGCUGCAUCUCCCCAGUGCUGGCCGCCAAAAUCUUCCCAGGCUGCGAGCUGACCGUGGGUCACGACACAGAGUGUGAGAAAUGGCCUUACGCAAAGACCGCUGAAACCAUGAAGGAACUCGGCUGCAAGCACGUGAACAAACACGUCACUGAAAUUCAUGUGGAUGUGAAGAACAAGCUGGUGACCACCAGUGCCUUCAUGUGCAACGCCCCCAUCCAUGAGAUCUAUGAUGGCAUCGGAAAAAUGGUAAAAGAAGUGGUCAGACUUGCCUGAAUGCCACAAAGCCACAGAACCCAUCUCCUCUGGAGCGCGGGCACUGAGCCUCCAAUAAUGUUCUUCCCCUUUCAUACUUGUGUGUCACCAAACUGUGACCUGAAUGGAGUUGUUCCCCCCCACCAGCCCACGGGGGGCUGCUGGGGAGGGGGAACUCCAGAGCCAUGGAGCGUUGUCACGUUCUGCCGAGGACACACCACCUACUGACAGCAAACUGGCAGUAACUGGAGUGUGGGCACCAGCUUCCCCUGGGGCUCAAACACAGCCGCUCUCUUUGGUUCCAAGGGGCUGAAGAGCUGCCCAGGUCACGUCAGCCAUGACUGGGCUGACCUGAUAUGGGCACAUCACGUGCAAACAGGAAUUAGUCCCUUUCUGAGAUUCCUUACGCAUCCAUCUUUGCCCGUACUUCAAAGCUCCCCACACACCUGCACCUCGCAGAACAGAUAAUUAGUGGCUAAAGGAAGGAAUAUGGUUCUGCUGCUGAAUAAAACUUGAAACUUUUUACA